AUGAAAGAUGGAGGUGGUGACAUAUUGCGGUUUUUGUUGGUGGAUGAUCAUAGUGGAAAAAUACCUGCAGAGGUAAGCCAGGACGAUGGUCUGUACGAACAUUUUGAUUAUUUGUUGCAUGAGGAACAGUGGAAAAUCAUCACUGGGUUCACCGUCCAGUUGUCACCUCCUGGUUUUCGAUUUGCACAGAAUCACCAUAGCAUCACUUUCACAGAGAAUACGGAUCUACAAAGUUCAGGAGGUAUUAUUAGAGAUCAUUACAUGAAUUUCAAGGACUACAUAGGCGUAAUGAAUGGAGUCUAUAACUCAGAAUUAUCCACUUGUGGUGACACCUUGGAAUGCAAAGCAUAUGGAGUCUUGGCGAUCCAACUUUACGACAAAUGGUGGAGGCACGGUGGAAACGAAACCUUCAUCACAAUGAGUGACUUGAAACUUUACACGGACAGAAGAACAAACGAGAUCAAGAUCAAGGAUGUUGGUGGAUUAUCUAGAUUUCAGUUCAAUGCUCCUUACCAGGACGUUUAUGAAUUCAGCUCUGCAUAGUUACACCUAAUCGAUCCGAUUGGAGUUGUUAGAGUGAGAGUUGAAAAGAUGUGGUGGACACUAACUUUGGAGUCUGGUGAAGGGCUAAGCUUCCUUUUUGUCGAUGAUGAGGGCACAAGGAUGCAUGCUUUCGUGGAUAACUUUUAUCAUGGGAAGAAAUUUAAGGGUCUCCUUCAGGAAGGACAGUGGAAGAUGAUAACUGGUUUCAAAGUUCUUAUUGUUGAGAAAGAGAUACGUAUGACUAAAGAGAGGAAAGAGAUUGCUCUCACCAUAGAAACCCAAGUUGAUGAUGCAGAACCAUUCCAUGGUUUUAUUCCACUAGAUUUGAUUCCAUUUCAGGAUGUCCAGAACGGAAUGGUUCACGGUGGAACUUCUUACACCAGAGAUUUCCUAGGUGUGAUUGAUAGUGUGCAAGAUCUAGGCGUCAUAGAGGAUGACUCUAUUCCUAGAAACAGGCAUAACAACGAUCCUAAGACUACCACCAUGAUUAACUUUGUUCUCCAAGACAACGAGUAA